ACGGAGAUGUGCGGCACGAACAUUGAUCUGCAAAAUAAAGGUGGUGGAAGUGUCAACCAGUUAGGAGGGGUAUUUCUCAACGGCAGACCUCUCCCAGCAUCCAAGAGGAGGCAAAUGAUUGAACUGGCCUUAGAGGGAGUCCGUCCAAGCCAAAUAUCCAGGAUACUUCGGGUGUCCAACGGGUGCGUCAGUAAGAUCCUGAGCCGUUACCGCUGCACUGGACUCCUGGAGCCCAAAACUAUUGGAGGGAGUCGACCGCGACUUCUCACCCCUAGUGUCAUCUCCACAAUAAUCCAAUACAAAAGGGAAAACCCAACAAUUUUUGCUUGGGAAAUUCGAAAACAACUGGCAGCAAUGCGGUUAUGCAACUCCAAAGUUCCCAGUGUGUCCUCCAUAAAUCGGAUUUUAAGACAGAUCCACGGAACCACGUGCAUGGAGAUCAAUGCGCACAUGAGACCUGACCAGCACCGUGAUUCAGUAAUUGAAGUGAACGACAGACAGAUGUUUGAGACAGUGUGCACUAAUGGCCAGAAACCCAAAAGUUUCCAGUAUCGAAACCGCACCAUUUUCACCCCAGAGCAAAGCAGAGCACUUGAGCAAGAAUUUUCUCACAGUCAGUAUGCAGACAUGUACACAAGAGAGAAACUGUCUGCUGAAAUUAAACUUCCAGAGGACACCAUCAAGGUCUGGUUUUCAAAUAGACGGGCCAAGUGCAGGAGGGAAGCCAAGCAGAAGAGCAGCAUACACACAGCAGACUUUCAUAAGCAAAGCAAUUUUGUUUCCGUGGAUCCAACAAUACCACACAGACUCACAUCUCAACAGGCAGUAAGAGUGUCAAGAGUCUGCUGUGAAAACCCAGAUGUCUCCUCUUCACAUAACACAGUUGUCAGGAAGUUGCAAAAUGGCUACAUUUUCCCAGCAGAAUCAGGUAUGGGGAAUCCUGAACUUCUGACAUCCAUCUCAAUUCCACCCUCAUUCAUCCAGAAGUCUAGUAACAUGAUGACCCAGAGCAUAGACAAGACUCCUCUGGAUCUUCAGAGAGGUAGAUUAAGUUUCCCAUUGGUUCACCAUCCCACAGACAUGAGGGCAUCCCUCCCUUUGCCAUCUGAGACUAUAAGAACAGACCGUCCUCUGAUUCAAUGCUGCAACCAGCAGGGAAUUUCUUUUACUUGGAGCCAGUAUCAGACAAAUGAGAAGUUUCUGUUUGCCCAGCAGCCCUGGCAUGUGCAUGCACAUCACUAUAUGGACUGAGUGAAACCACAUCUCUGAUAUUAGUAAUUAUAUUUCAUAUUCAGGGUUGAUAAGGCAGUUCACUAGAAAGCAACUUACGUAAUUUGGAUGCAGCUCCAUUUCCUGGCUAGAGGGACACAUACUGACCAGCAGAGGGUGACAAAGGACUGGAGUUACAGCCUUAUCCUUUACACAGUUUUUUUCCCAAAUGCCUGCAGCUUUACUCAUCGGUUUUCCUUCAACCCGUACAGUUGAAAUCUCAUUAAUAAGGAGUAACAUAAAUAAAUAUUUUAAGUCUUACUCAGAACUCCAAAUUCUUGCUGUAAUUGUUGUAUGGGUUACACUAGACAAUCCCUGACUUGAAAGAAGGCAACUUUAUAAGACAUGAAGUGCUGAAUAGAGCUAGACAGAUAAGAUAGCAACAUUUUUUUUUCAAAUUAUUUAUUGGUUUUAUUGACA